AAUUGCAAAUUUUAUUAUUGUCACACAGUUGUUAGAUUUUUGUGUAAUAAACUAAUGGAUUUGUUGCAGCAAAAUGCAUGUUAGUCCUUUUUUAUGAAGUGAUUGCUUGUUUGUUUGUCAACAAAAUAUCCUGAUUAUCCUUCUUUUAUCGUUUUGACAUUUGAUGUGAUCCACGGAAGUGAAUAUUAAAUUAAUUUUUAGUCGUGUAUUUAAGACUGGAAAAUUAAGAAAUGCAGUUUAGUUGGAAAACGAAUUAAAAUGUGUGAAAAGGUUCAGGAUAAAAAAAGUGAGGUCCUGCAGAAUAAAAGUGAUGAAGAAGAAAAUAGUAGAUUUUAUGUGGGUCUUAAGAAUAAUAUUCGGGAUUUUUUAUUAAAUUCAACUUUACAUGGGUUAAAGUACAUUGCUGAUGAUAAAAUUACAGUUUUUGAAAGAUCAUUUUUUGGAUUAUCAUUUGUUUUUGUAAUUUUAUGUUCGGCAUUUUUCAUAUCAAAUAUUUAUAAUAAAUGGACUGAUUCGCCAAUAAUAAUAACAACAAGUCCCCAGCCGACUUUGAUAACAACCAUACCAUUUCCGGCAGUUACAAUUUGCAGCUUGAAUAAGGCUUUAAAAAGCCGUGUGGAGGAAGUAGAUAGAUCAACAUUAAAUUACACUCUUCUAAUGAGCCUUUGCGCCAAGGAUAAUAAGGUUAAUUCACUUUUUGGACAAUUAUCAUGGAAAAAUUUUAAACUUCUUCUUAUGAGGGUAGCUCAGCCAUGUGAAGCAAUGCUUGCUUACUGUCGUUUCGGCUCAAAACCAGAAAGCUGCAUUCAAAUUUUCGAUCCUGUUUUGACUGAUGAAGGACUUUGUUGUACGUUUAAUGCUCUCGAUCCACUCUUUCUCAUGAGGAAUUAUUCAGAUGACGCACGAUUUACCGCAAGUUUUGUUGAUGAUUUUGUUCCAAUCGAUUGGACACCUGAAAAAGGAUUUAGCAACAGUUUGCCUCCGAAGUUUUAUCCAAGAAUAGCUGCAGGAACAGGCAGCCAAAUGGGUUUAACUGUGGUCCUAAAUGCAUCAGCCUCGGAAUAUUAUUGCAGUUCUUCAAAAAGUAUUGGGUUCAAGGUUCUUGUUCAUAACCCUGCUGAACAACCAAAAAUCAGCAGCUUUGGCUUCCUCAUAACAGCUGGUCGUGAAAGUCGCAUAUCAAUUGACCCACAAUAUCAAACAGCUGUACCGCAAAUUCGUGGAAUUAGCACCAAAAUCCGUCAAUGUUUAUUCUCUGACGAAGGCAAUCUCAUCUUCUAUCGAACUUAUUCCCGUAAAAACUGUCAACUCGAAUGUGAAGCUCAGAUAAUUUUCGAACAUUGCGGUUGCAUUUUGUAUUACCUGCCCAAAAUCGAUCCAGAUACAAAAAUUUGUGGUCCCAAAGACAACCGCUGUACAAAAUUGAUACAAAGUGAAAUUCAAUCAUCAAGUGGAAAUUAUUCGUGUGAUUCAUGUUUGCCAGCAUGUUUUGAGUUGAGCUAUAAUCCCACAGUGACAGCGACAAAAAUGGUUAAUGGAGAUUUUAUAACGAAUGAUGAUUAUCCAGCUGAAUUAAUGGCAGAUGUUCAGGAUGUUACAAUAAUACAUUUUUACUAUUUGACAAAUGUAUUUCGUAGCACUACGAAGGGAGAGAUUUUCGGAUUUACUGAGUUUUUGUUCCUGCGUCCACAUUGUGAUCGAAGAACUAAAAAACGUCAGAAACGGAAGUCAGAAAGAAAUUUGAGAAACAACAACGUUUGGAUGACUCCUAUUAAGGCUAGAAAACCAAUUCGUAUGGGAAAUAUCAAAAAUUGGCCAACUGAAAAGAAAAAUGCUUGGUAUUUACAACAAUUUUUUAAUAACCGUGACAUUGCUUCAAAUGAUGAAGUUUUUCCAUACAUAAGUUAG